UUCUACUCUUGAAGACUUGCUGAGCUCCAGUAAGAACUUUUGAAAGCAGGGAGCAAGAGAGGAGCAGGAUAAUGAUCUCUAAACAUGACAGAAAAUCUUACUGGAAAUCUAUGGAAGUCUACAUUACCGAUUGUUGUGGAACUUCCAAUCAAGGAACAGAAGACAGAAGAAGCUGAUACUAAGCAAGAACAGUCAACCCUCCCCAGAAAAUUCACAGAUUUUUUACCAGAUGGAACUUUCCAAAAACCAGAAAAAGGAACAACUCAGAUUCAUUCAGCCUUUAAAAAGAUAAAUCAUAGAUUUGAAAAUAGUUUCAGGCUCACCAUUCCCUGUUCGUUAUGCAACCAAGAACUUGGUCUAUCUGAUGUUUUUGCCCAUAAGAGACAACACAAAGCCAUGGCCAUGAUGGGUUACAAUUUGACAGACAGGGAAAAACCAAAACAACACAAGAUUUUAGCACAGAGGAACUUUCUAAUCGCUACAUUAAUUGAAGCCUAUUUAUACAAAGAAAAAAUUAGACAAAACAUCGAUAAUGCUUAUGAGUUCCUUUGUAAGGAUUACGUGCCUUCCUAUUAUAAAGUUCUUACUAAUACUUUCAAUAGCUCUGUGCACCUUAAGAGAACAGAUAAUCCACUAGUUAAUGCUGUUGCCAUCUGUGAAGACCAGAACAAGACGUGGAGAUCAGUAAUGGAAGACAGAUACGUCUUCCAGGGCAGAUAUGGGAAGAAAUCCAAUGUGUGUUUUUUUGGCUUGUUUGAUGGACACCACGGCUCUGGGGCAGCUGAAAUCACUGCUGUAGAACUAUCUAAGUUUUUUUUGGACCAACUUGCUCAAUCUGAUUUUUCUUAUAAGCAGAGCAAGAAAGAAAAAAGAUUUAUCCAGUCUUUUGACACAGUGUUUAAGGAGGAGUAUAGGAAACAAGAAUACACCUUUUCUUCCCAAAAGACAAAGCAUCCAUCUUCAAACUAUAAUUAUGAGUGGAUCCAUAAAGCCUUUGCUAAAGCUUUCUGGAGGAUGGAUAGAGCUUUGAAACUUGGGAGGAAGGAAGUAUCUGAUUUCUGUUGGAGCGGCUGUUCAGCAGUCGCCUGUUUGUUGGAAUGUGAUGAAGAGUUUGGUAGUAGUACCUCUUGGAAAACUGCCAGUUUCACUGAUGAUUCAGAAGUGGAAUUAGAAGAAAAGAGUUUUCGUUUUUCCAAUCAAUUUGAAAAUAACUUUGGAGUAUUACACAUUGCUAAUGUUGGUAAUGUACAUGUAGUUUUAUGCAAAGGUGGGCAAGCCCAUCUUCUUACAAAAGAACAUACAACUCGGAUCCUAAGUGAAAGACGCCGUGUAUUAAAUGGAGGAGGAAAAAUCACCAGCAAUGAACCAAGUGGAUUCACUGAAGGGAUUGUAAAAAUAACUCGUGGGCUUGGGUUUCAUGGACAUCCAAAGCUGAGAAAGUCUGUUAUUCCAGUACCCCAAACAAUCUCUGUCUCUAUAGAUGAUACGUGUCAAUUCCUUAUUGUUGCUACUACUGGACUUUGGGAUGUUAUAGAUCAAAAUGAAGCUAUAGCAACAGCAAUAUCAUUAUUUGGCAUCUAUGAGGAGAUAUAUAAAAUGACUAAGCGAGAAAUGUACAGGACACGCCAAAAAAGAAUUCCUUUUUUACCUAGCUUACCAUCUUCAACUAUUAGCUUACAAGAUGGUAAAAUCAAAUUAUUGUAUCGUAACACUUCAGCAUUUCUUGAGAAAAUGUCCCAGCAGAGCACAACGGAAAAUUCACAGUUAAGCAUGUAUAGCAAAAACAGAGAUUCUCUAACUUCACCUAGUUUGGAUAAAGGUAUAGAUUCCAAAUUUAAGUUAAGUAGUGAAACAGACUUUUCAAGUACAAAACCUUUUUAUUUGUAUGGUGUUGAGGAUAGCGAUGAAACAAGUAGCAGCACAUCUUAUGAAUCAAGUUUGGUAGAGGAAGAUAUCGAUAGGAAUUUCUUUGAAUAUGCAGCAGAAUAUAUAAGUAAUGGACUCGUCAAAGCUGCUCUUACAGCAGGUUCUAGGGAGAACAUUACUGUGCUGGUAAUGCUUUUCAAAGGAUGUGGAUAUCAGCUAUAUGGAAGUCAAAUCUGAUCUACCUGCUCUUCUGGACCACUGAAAAAUGUACCAGAAGAAACCAUAUGUACUACAUCUGUAUAGAACUCCAUAACCUUGCUUUCAAUAUAUAUUAUGUGUGUGUAGGGAAGGUGGUGUAGGGGAGGGGGUGAAGGGAACCGUUUCUCUUUUAUAUAUAUAGUCACAAUAAAAUGUUUUGUGAUUUAAAAAAAAAAGAAUGAUACAGUCCUGUUUUAUACCACUUUAUUAAAACCUGAGCACCUCAAUAUAAAACUAAACACUGGUGAACUCUCAUUUUCCUUGCUAAGCCCCAAUUACUGCAAAUUUACAACCUGCACAAGUAAGUUUCCACUAGCAGUUCAACAUUUAAAUAGAUUAAAAUUUCUCUGACACACUUGGUAGAUUUCAUAUAAUGAAAAUAACUAAAAGAAUUAGUGCAAUAUAUGGAACAGAUCAAAGUAAAAUGAACUUUAGAAAACAAGGCUGCAGAGUUCGUUAUUGACGGACAGCAGGACUCAUGUCACAGACACAGUAGCUUCAUUUUAUUACUGUUCUAGCCAUGGAGGACAAUUGAAAUCCCCCUCAAAUCCAAGGGAGAAGGGAAGGGAAGGGAAGCGGUGAAGAGGAAUUAAUUAGCUGUUUUAGUAACUGUACAUUUUGCAUACUUUUAAGCAACUCUUAAAUAUUACAGAACGUAUUAAACAUAAAUGGAGAUUACAAUGCAGUACUAUUUACAGUACAUUUGAAGAUCCAAGUUUAAAACAAUCAAGUUGAAUGUACAUAAUUGUUAGUGCAUUGACUAGAUCAUGUCCAAAGGGAUCAAAAAACCCCACCACAAAACAAAACAGAACCACCCCAUGUAAAUGGCUAGCAGUGAUUAAAGAGAAAUCACAGACACUUGGUUUGUUUCAUUUUAGUUGAAGAGUUUUUAUGUUUGAAGGAAUACACUUCUCUCUGUCAAGUUGCAUUUAUUAGUUUUGCCCUUAUAAGAGAAAAUGGGGAUAAACUUGAUUUUUUAUCACCAUUUAAAAACAGGAUAGGCUAUAAUUUAGAUACCAUGUACCAACUAAAGUUCAUUUUUUUUUUCCCUGAAGACAAGGAUGGCUAAAAGUUUUUUUUUUUUUUUUAAUAUGGUUAAAUUAUUAAAAUGUGGAAUGUACACUUAAAAUAGAUACCGGCAGAACCUAUCAUCUUUAUGAAUACUGCAGAUAAGCAGAAGUAUCUUUUAGGAUCUGCUUCUAAAAAGAUUUUUUUUU